CACUUGAGACUCCUCCCUCCAGCCCUUCGUCACGCUUGAAACACCUUCCAGCUUCAACCCCCAAUAUCGUCUGUCUGGCCCUUACGCCGCCCUUUUCCCUUUACAUUCUUCGCCUCAAUACCUCACCCAUUUCCAUCUUCUUUCUCCGUCUCAAUCUACUCCACUCGUGCGCGCAGGCCGCUGUGCCUCUCUCUCUUUCCUUCCCCUCUUGCUUAGAUAUCAUCAAGCCUGUCUGCAACCCAAGGGAGCGCUAUCCGUACACUCGACCUUUAACGAUUCCGAAGCUCUGUGAAUACCAAGAUAGUGCCACGAUCGCUCAUACCAAGCAACUAGGACUGGAUCAUCACACGAGGACGAUCCGCUUCAGGCGGCAGUUGGGCCUCUGCCGGAACCUCUGAUAACACUGUCGCAUAACAAUAUGCGCUUCUCAACACACACAACUCUCGUGCGGUCCUACCGACCAGCUCAACAUGAACCAUCCUCUCCUCCAACGAUGUUCUCGAGUCCGGAAAAUAUGCAAAACACAUAUAACGAACCGAUCAGGAUAGGGCAUGAAUCCAUCAGUUCUACUGGCAAAGGCAUCCUUAUUGGCAUGCUGACCGCCUUUGGGACUGCGACUUUGGCCGGCAUCUUCAUCGCUCUUGUCUACUUCUUCCGCUACACUCGUCCGGGCCGUAUCUUCUUAGACCGAAUAGGCAGACCCGGUGAAUACGAUGACGAGCAGGCUUUUGCCAAAGAAGAGGCGGAAGCUUUGGAAGAAAUGGAUGAUAUGCAACGAACAGAGUACCUGAGGGCGAAAGCAUUUAUACAAGCGAAUCCUCCCGAAUCUGUCCAGACCGACAUCUCUUUAUCACAAUUUUUGGCAAUACAGGAGAAGGGAGUCUCUGCGUGGGAAUUCGAGCCAGAACUAGAAAUCGCAAAUUGUUUUGUUGAGGGUCGAACCGAGAUUGAGUUCUUCGACUCGGAAUGCUGCGUUCAAAGUAACCUGCCGAUCCCCAAGCAGAACGAGGUAUACUAUUGGGAGUCCAAGAUAUACGAUAAGCCUGAAUCGACCACUAUAAGCAUUGGCUUGACCACCAAGCCGUAUCCAUUGUUCAGGUUGCCAGGCUCUCACAAGCAGUCUGUUGCAUAUACUUCUCCUGGAUCUCGUCGAUAUAAUCAGCCUUUUACCCCUACCGCGUACGGCCCCGCAUUCGUCCAGGGCGAUGUUAUUGGUGUAGGUUACCGUCCUCGGACUGGCACCGUCUUCUUCACUCGCAAUGGUAAAAAGCUUGAUGAUGUCACGCACGGACUCAAGACGCAGAACUUUUUCCCAACUGUCGGGGCCAAUGGUCCAUGCCAAGUCCAUGUCAACUUUGGUCAGAUGGGUUUCGUUUUUAUCGAAGCAAACGUCAAGAAGUGGGGCCUUGCGCCAAUGACCGGUAGUCUUGCUCCGCCACCUCCAUAUGGUAGUGAGCAAGGCAGCAUCCUCCUAGAAGGCGGACGAGAAGGAGUCAGGGAAGGGAUGGGCUUAUCUGGAUUCAACUAUACCCAUGGCCGCAGCGCCAGUGCACAAAUGCGUCUUGGAUCACGCCAUCCCACCUCACCUGGCCCACAGCGCAGUCCAACGGAUAUCUCACUUACUCGUUUCAGCAUCGUGGACGAACAAGAAGGUGGCAGUGAGGCUGGCGAAGGAACGAGUGAAUUCUCUGGCUACGACCAAACGGAGGUUGGACUCGGUCUACAAACAAAUUUCUCGCCAUCACGAUUACCAGCCGGCGAAGCACCUCCGGAGUAUGAAAGUCCAGACAGCACUCCUGAUCGAGAACGUCAGAUACCGUUUGGCCAAAAUCGACGCUCAAAGCCUCGGGAGGAUGAUAGGCAGCGAUUACUUCCACCGAUCCCGAGCUACGACGCUGCGGUCGCACAAUCAAACCAAAGCAAUCGUGGCCGGAGUAGUACACGAUAAAUCUUUCAUUGCAUCCUUCACUAUCAUUUACGAUCAUCAUAACUUUUAGCGUGCGUUUGGGGUCUCAUCCGAUAUCAAGAAUUUGCUUUGUGGGCUGAGGCGUGUGUCCUGGGAUAGUAUGAUCUUACGGAGAGCGGUCUGUGUCUGGGUUUUUUGGCUUGGGUUUGGACAACUGCGACGAAUUGAUAUCCCUAAAUACCUGGAUGAGGUGAGAAGGUAACGAAAGGCGAGGAUGCGAAAGAUUAAUUGCAUUUGUACUUGAGAUCGGACUAACGAGUCGCACCAUACACGCUCAACUUAUAUUUACGUACUAUGAACAAUAAUCAACAACGCGUUCACUAUAACAAAG